UUUAAAGAUGGAAAAUCUGUAUCACAACUUCUCUUCAUCCCCAUGUUCCACAAUCCAUACAUGACCUGGAUGAAGUGGAUAAAACAUCACAGAGUGUCGACAGCAGGAGUGUUUUGAGGAAGAGCAGGGUAAAAGAAUCAUAUUUACAGCGGAGUGGAGUGAACUUCAUGUGCCAUGUUUCAGUGUUUUGGGUGGGUCUUGUUUGACUAAAUUUGAGGUGGUGGUGAGAUCAGAGAGGAGGGAGUGCGCUGGGGAGCAAUGGGCGCUCUGUUCCACUGACAGGAAAUGGAGGUUUAGAUUUUCCUCAGACUUUCCUUAAAAAACACACAGCAUUCCACCCCACCUUCCACUGAACACUUGGAAAUAGAGGGCUAGCAGGGAAUACGAGGGGAGUGGCAAAAGCAAAAGAAGGAGAAGACAGCGCUUCUGGGUAAGGAAGCUGUUUGGCACUGCGGUUGGGAUUUGUAUACAACAGACCAGCAUUGCAAGUCUUCUGGGGUCCUCCACCCAAAAUGGCAUACCUGUUGAUGUUUGUGACCCUGCUUCAUCUCAUAACGCUUGCCGUCCUCUUCAUUGCUACUAUGGAAAAGUCUUGGUGGGUUUGGGAAGGAUGGGAGAGUUCCGACCUGUGGUACAACUGCAGAUUUGACAAUGAAACAGAGGCCUGGUUUUGUGCCUCAUCAAGAGAGAAUGAGUGGCUGCAGGCUGUCCAGGUCCUAAUGGUCCUCUCUGUGGUGUUCUCGUCAGUAUCCUUCCUGAUUUUCCUCGGGCAGCUCUUCACCAUGUCAAAAGGGGGGCUCUUCUAUAUCACUGGCCUCUGCCAAGUGUUCUCUGGUCUCACUGCGUUCACGGCAACCCUCAUUUACACACUGCACAACAAAGAGAUCCUUCAGGACGCCCGAGAGUUGAGUUCGGGACACUUUGGUUACUGCUUCAUCUUGGCAUGGGUGUGCGUGCCUCUCUUACUGUGCAGUGGCGUUAUGUACAUUCAUCUGCGCAAGAAAGAGUAGAACUAUAAGGGUAACUGUAUGAUGCUGUUGUCAUUAUAUGCUGACUUGAUGUUGAUAUCAUGAAGACACUGGCAGUUUCUCAUUAAUCUCAAAUGCUGCUCUGUGUGGUAGUUUUGUAAUGGAACAGAAGCGGAAGAACAGGCAUGGUAGAAAACGUUGUAAUAAACACCCUUCGGCUCUAAGCAUGUUACAUGAUCAAUGCCCUUUUUCAAUAUGGUUUUCCAUUUUGUCAGUAGGUAAGUUGUCAUCAGUUUAAUAUCAAUGCCAAAAGUAUGUACCUUAUUAAAGAGAAAUGAAGGCUUUUACUGCGGUUUCCUAUGCAUGGACAUUUUUAUAUUUAGGAAGUAUCAGAAAUGCUGUAUUUUUGCCUAAAUAAAUCAAUCAACCGAUAACUGUCAUUUUCAAAUCUUUUAUAAUUUGUAUGUUUAUGUUAAUUCGCCAGGCGCUUCUGUCCAAAAUCGACUUACAAAACAUUCGAUGAAAAAAUAAGUUAUAUUACAAUUUAGCAUAAUUCUGAUGGUUUUGAGGCAUGGUUUCACUCUCAAGAAAUGUGAAGGGCCCAGAGUCGGUAAGUAAACAUUCCAGAUCUCUUUCUCUGUAUCAGUAACCACAUAUCCAGCAUGUGCCAGGGGCUCCAUGAUAAAGUCAGCCCAAAUGUAAACCUCAUUAUAACAGUAGGCUGACUAAUCAUUUGAAUAAAGGUCAGUACACCUGCAGACUGUAGAGGCAUCUUGUUAAAUUACAUGUAUUUCUCAGAAAUCCCAGAGCCUUCCAAUUGAUGGAAUACAGAUCCCCUAACUCCCAAUGCCCUUAAGACCCCUCAUUUCU